AUGUCUCAAAUCUUUUGUCUCGUUUCAGCUUCCGGCAUCACUCAGAAGUUGGUGACUCGGCGGCAUAUCAGCAAACGGACUCCGCACACGGACACCACCCACAUUUCCACCACCUCCCAUGAUGGAGGAGGCCACACCCUCUUAUCGGUGACCAAUAACACCGACACUCCCACCACGUCCGCCACCGAUCCGGAUUCCAGCGCGGCAGACAUCAGCGCCGUGGCUGCGGGACCCUCCACUGAGGAUUCUGGGAACACGACUCAUCAUUCUAUCGGAACGACCACAACAAAGGAUUCUGGGAGGACGACUCAUCAUUCCGCCGGAACGACCACAGCAAAGGAUUCUGGGAACACAAGUCAUCAUUCCGCCGGAACGACCACAGCAAAGGAUUCUGGGAACACAACUCAUCAUUCUGCCGGAACGACCACAGCAAAGGAUUCUGGGAACACAAGUCAUCAUUCUGCCGGAACGACCACAGCAAAGGAUUCUGGGAACACAAGUCAUCAUUCUGCCGGAACGACCACAGCAAAGGAUUCUGGGAACACAACUCAUCAUUCCGGCGGAACAACCACAGCAAAGGAUUCUGGGAACACAAGUCAUCAUUCUGCCGGAACGACCACAGCAAAGGAUUCUGGGAACACAAGUCAUCAUUCUGCCGGAACGACCACAGCAAAGGAUUCUGGGAACACAAGUCAUCAUUCUGCCGGAACGACCACAGCAGAGGAUUCUGGGAACACGACACAAGGCACCGCCUCCACCACUCAGGACUCUGGAAAUUCCACGGAGACUUCUGGGAUCGAUAAAACUGAUUCUGAGCCGUCAGCCUCCGUCACCUACCCCCUGCAGACCCCCUCCUACCUGAUGACUACCUACCCAUCCCCCACCUCUCACCACUUCUCCGAAUCUUCAGCCCCAUUCACUAGUGUUCCUGUUACGGCUCCCAACACCACAAUCGAUGGCCGAGGGACCGAGGCUCCGCCAAGCGAAUCAACUUUUGUGUCAACUCCCCCUUCCACCAACUCUUCAUUGUCCACCUUCCCAGGUUCCUCGAGCGAGUCGCCAUCUUCUCCUUCCGAAGUACCAGGAACGGUUCCCAAUCAGUCUUCAUAUGAUGUUUCUUCUUCAUCUCCAGUUCCUUCCACAUUCUCCACCUUCCCAUCUGAGGCCUCACCAAAUUUCACCUCCACAAAGUCUUCUGUCCCACAGACCGGCCUUCCGACCACUCCUAACCUUCUUCCAAUGUCAUCUUCACCUUCCGUACCACCAUCCUUGCCCACAACGUCCGAUGAGAACAUAGCAACAAGCACCUUCUCCAGGACUUCUUCACCACCAACCAGGGCUGACCAAACCUCCGGGGCCUAUAACAGUCCCACAACUGUCCUCAAAGAGUCCUCCACCACAGAGACUGACUGGAGGUUCCUUGAUGGGACAACCGCUGCAUUGAAUGUAACGACCUGGAGACCCGUCGUGGAAACCCAAACACCAGAAACCUCUCUGGAGGACGGAGAAACUCAGAGCAUUGUAACAACGACGCACGUGACCCAACCUCCCGCUCAGCCAACCCAUCUGAUUCCGCUGACCACUUCUAGAAAUCUACCGAUCCCAUUGCCACGUUUUACCACGCAACAGUCCCCCCAAGGUGUUCCAGAGACUACAAGUCCAGGAGGUCCAUCACUGACUACUGGUGGCCCCAGCAAGCAGGUGACCACCAUCAGAACAACCAGCGCGGAUAUAAAGACCGUCAUGCCAAAAGUGGAGACUACCAUCAGUAAUAAGGAGAAGAAGUUGCCCGCACGCACCACGGCACAACCCGGUGUAGUCACUGCGAAACCUUCCACCACCACGUCGACGAGUCCUCCAACUCCACGGCACCCAACACCACCCAGCCCCACCCUGCCGGCACCAGUCAGUGUCUGCUCCCCGAAUCCGUGUCACAAUGGCGGGAGCUGCACUCAGCGAGGGGGUCACCGGAACGGCUACAAGUGUGAGUGUCCCGCGGCCUGGCAGGGGCAGCACUGUGACACAGACGUGGACGAAUGUCUCUCCAGGCCGUGUCCAGCCCAGGCCACGUGUGUGAACCUGCGGGGCUCCUUCACGUGUCGCUGUCCGCUGGGGUACAUGAUGGAGAAAGGCGCCAGCUGUGUGCAGGUGAGAACGUUUCUCGGCCACAUUGAAAUCCCGAGAAGUUUCCUGAACGGCUCCAACGGGAAAUACACCAAAUUGCAGCAGAUCGAGGAGGAGAUCGUACAGAUACUGAAUUCCUCCUUCUCUGUGAUUGGUGGAUAUUAUCAGUCAUCGGUCACUAACAGCAGUUUCAGUAAUCGCAUCGAGCUGUCCGUCCGGAAUAUCUUCCUCCUCUCAUCCAACGUCACCCUGCACGAGCUGAGACACAACCUCCAGCGCUACAAGAAGGAGUGUCAGACCUCCACGGAGCGCUCCGCCUCCUGCCGCCUCAUACUCCACCCCCAACUCUAUUAUAUAGCCGUCAGUCUGUGUAACAUGAAGGAUCCGGGGUGUGACAACGAGACGGCGGAGUGCGCGGAUCCGUCCGGCGUUGCCCGGUGUCAGUGUAAAGCCGGAUACUUCAAAUACAGCACAACGGACCGCUCCUGCCGAGCUUGUGACGACGGCUACAAACUUCAGGAUGGAGCCUGUGUGAGAUGUCCCUUCGGACUCGGAGGAUUCAACUGCUCCAAUCGUAAGUCUCCGGAUGAUCCCGGUUGCAGGAAGAAGAAACACGACAUGAGUAAGCUGAUCUUCCGGAGCGGUGACCUCCAGAUGUCUCCGUACGCCGAGUACCCGAAGUCUCAGCGCUCCGCCGAAUGGGGCCGCGAGACCAUCGAGAUGCAGGAGAACGGGAGCACCAAGAACCUCCUCCAGAUGACCGACGUCUAUUACCCGCCCGGAUUGCGGAGCGCGGAGUUGGAGCGGAAUGGACUUUACCCGUUCUCAGGUCUCCCCGGGUCCCGGCACUCGUGUAUCUACCCCGGACAGUACAACCCGACCUUCAUCAACGAGGAGAACCGGAGGCGGGACUACUUCUAGACCUGGACCUGGAAUGCCACUGUAGAGAGAGAAUGGAGGAACUCC